UAACGACUGAUAAGAAGGUUGUUGAGGCAUAGAAAAGAGGGCCUGGUAUGAAUGUCGACAUUGACUGUUAUGCGUCACGAAUAGAGUGUUUCUAGGGUGUAAGUCUGUUGUGCUUGUAUUAAAGAUAUAAAUAAAUUGUAUUCGGAUACAUUGUGCAUAGGGAAAAUAUUAAUUACAUUUUCCCCUGCUAAAAUAGAAAUAAAGUGUUUCAAAUUCUAGACGGUUCCUCCACAUGCAAUGUCUCACGCCGGAGUAGACGCCGUGUUGUGUUCCGACCGGGAGUUCAACUCUUCAACGUUUUCCGCCUUGAUCCCUACUUUUCGGUAAAAAAAACUGGAACGCGUCCUAUGGUCGCGCCGGUACAGUGUGUUUGGUGUGCAUAAACAAAAUGCUGGUGUUGCUGGUGGCGAGCUGGGACCGAGCUCCAUCGAUACCGCAACAUAGCAACGGCUUUCCGGUCUAGUGUGCAUUACUCGCUUUGCCCGAUACCGGCUUGCAACGCGGAACGCGUCAGAACGGAAAAUCAGAUCUUGUUGAAGUUGAAAAGACAUCAAACAACGUGUGAGGAAAUCAGGUGCUUCGCUUCGCUAGGUCCGUGUUUUUGUCGUCCGGUAAGGUAGCACCGGUGACAGAACAGUUCUGUUCGGACAUAGCGUCACGGCAAGCGUUUUUCGGUGUUUUGGCUGUUGGUUAGCGGGAUAGCGAGAAGGGAAAUGGAUCCGGUGCUAGUCGAGCGCGAACGUGUGCUGUUCCGCCUGAACGAAGAAAUAAACGCCAAGUCACGGGGUCUGUUCGAGCUGAACGAGAACGUCAGCUGGAUGACAACGAAGCGCCGGUUGCGCCACGGCAUGAAGAAGCUGAACAAUGCCGUCCCGGUGGGACCACCGGGCGAUGAGUCGUCCUCGUCGGACCUCGGUGCCUCGAUCGAUACGACCACCAACGGGACGGUGGGUGGCACCGGCGGGACCGGAACCGGGUCGGACGAGGAGCCUGAAAGUGAUGAACGUUCAUCGGCAGCCGUUAUCUUCGCGGUGGUCCGUGAUGGGGAGAAGGACACGUACGGUGGCGGGGAGAAGGAGCUGAAGCGGGGCGAUGAUGGACCGGCCUCCACGUUGACGACCCUCACCGAGAUACGGUGCGAUGCGAUACAGGAAGAGCAUACACAGCGGGCGAACAAUACGAAUCAGCAGCUUCAGCUGGUGAAGGUCACGACCGUCUCGGUGUCGGAGCGGAAGGUAAGCAAUAAUGGGCAGCGCGCGAUGGGUGGUGGCGGAUCCGUCGGUGGGGGUGGAAUGCUGAUCGCCAGCAAAUCGGUGACAUCGGCUGCAACGGCACGCAAUCUGACGAAAAACAUGGCCGACGUGGUGCCGAAGGUGCUCGAGAAGAAGAACAUCAGCUCGGAGGGACUGAUCAAGUUCCUCAAGUCGAAAGUGGCUAUCCUUCAGACCGAGCUGGAGGCGAGCCAGAAACAGAACGAGGCGAAUGUCAAGGAUCUAAAUUUGGCACUCGACCGGUUGAAGCAGCUCGAAGCGCUGAAGGAACAGCUGCUCACGAAGAACGGCGCGCUCGAACGUACCGUCAAGAAGUUUGAGGAGCGAAACGUAGAGCUGGACAAAUUGCUAAAGGAAAAGGAUGCCCAGCUGAACGUGUCGGCGAAGGAACUGUUUGGGGCACGGUCCGAGAUCCGCAAUCUGGCCCACGUCAACCAGACGCAGGAGAAGCGACUGUUCAAGACGCAGGAGGAGGUCGAAAGUUUGCGCAUCAAGCUGAGCAUCGCGAACGAUUCGGAAAAGGAAACACGUGAUGCCGCGCGGCAGGAGCGCCUCACGUACGAGAAACAGAUCCGCCAGCUCCGCAAGCAACGCACCGAGGUGCUGGCCGACUACAAGAAGCUGCUCCUGAGCGUCGACCAGAUGAAGAAGCAACAGUUCAACCAGGAACAGUCGAGACAGAUAAACGACUUCGAGCAAGAUUAUUUGCGGCAUCUAGACGAGGCUGCAUCUUCACCACCACCGAUGCAGCAGUAGCCGAGCCGAGUGCGUAUUCGAUUAGAGCAGUUCAGCAAAUAAAGAAGCGCGAUAGUUUUCCUACAAAAG